AUGGCAGUACUCCCUGUUCAGUACAGCCAGACCUUGGGAGCCAGUUGUUCUGGUAAUUUGGAAUUCUUUAUUCCUGCAGAUAAAUCUGUUGCUACAGUAAAUGGUGAGCAAGAAAACCGAAUACAGAAAGGAAAUGGAUAUUUUCAAGUGCCACCUCAUACACCAGUUAUUUUUGGUGAAGCUGGAGGACGGACCUUAUUCAGGUUAUUAUGUCGGGAUUCAGGGGGUGAAACUGAAUCCAUGCUUCUGAAUGAAACUGUACCACAGUGGGUCAUUGAUAUCACUGUUGAUAAAAAUAUGCCGAAAUUCAACAAAAUUCCUUUCUACCUUCAACCUCAUUCGUCUUCAGGGGCAAAAACCUUAAAAAAGGAUCGGUUGUCUGCCAGUGACAUGCUGCAGGUGAGAAAGGUAAUGGAGCAUGUGUAUGAGAAGAUAAUAAAUCUUGACAAUGAAUCACAGACAACCAGUUCAUCGAAUAAUGAGAAACCAGGAGAACAAGAAAAGGAGGAAGACAUUGCUGUAUUAGCAGAGGAGAAAAUUGAGCUGCUUUGCCAGGAUCAGAUUUUGGAUCCUAAUAUGGACCUCAGAACAGUUAAACACUUUAUCUGGAAGAGUGGUGGUGAUCUGACACUUCACUAUAGACAGAAGUCAACGUGAAAGGAGUGAACAGCUUCCUUGUGGUCAGCAUUCAUUUGCCAGAGUGUCCUGCAAUGGUUUCGAGAGCAGUCUUGAACAAAGACUCUACAUCCUCUAUGCUAGAGCAGUCACCUAAUGAUUGGUUCAGUGUGGACAGAGGUUAUAAUUUAUGUCACUAUGUCAAUAAUGUAAAAUAGAAAACACUGUAAUUUAAAUCACUUAAAACAUCUCUGCAUUUCUUAAUGUGUGGCAGAGAUGGCUAUUAGUACCGGAGUUGGGACUUUGUUAUGAGUUGUACAGAGAUGAGAGUUUAAAAAACAGCAAGAAUAUGGUUCUUUUGCUGCUUUUUGUUUCUUGAGAAUAUAAUUUCAGCUAGUUAAACUUGUUGCAAUAUGUUAAAUUGGCUGUAUUUGCCAUACCAUUAACACUUGUAAUUUAGCUAUUUUGUAUAUAUACAUAUGUGUAUGUAUGU